AUGGCAGUAACUGAAGCUCAAAACCCUCUUAUUGGAGAACACACAUGUGGUUCCUUGUUGAAGAAGCUGCAGGAAAUAUGGGACGAGGUUGGGGAAAGUGAUGAGGAAAGGGACAAGAUGCUUCUUCAGUUAGAGCAGGAGUGCUUGGAUGUGUACAAGAGAAAGGUUGAGCAUGCUACAAAGUCGAGGGCACAACUACUUCAAUCCUUGUCUGAUGCUCAGCUUGAGCUUUCUACUCUUCUAUCUGCUCUUGGAGAAAAGAGCUUUGCUGGAAUUCCUGAUAAUACUUCUGGAACUAUCAAGGAACAGCUUGCAGCUAUAGCACCUGUACUUGAGCAGUUAUGGGAACAAAAGGAAGAAAGAAUAAAGGAUUUCUCAGAUGUACAGUCACAGAUACAAACAAUUUGCGGAGAGAUAACUGGGAGCUUGAACCGUAACGAUGUUCCUGCAGUUGAUGAGUCUGACCUGUCUCUAAAGAAGUUUGAGGAAUAUCAAUCUGAGCUUCACGAACUUCAAAAGGAAAAGAGUGACAGAUUGCAAAAGGUUUUUGAAUUGGUGAGUACUGUGCAUGAUCUUUGUGCAGUCCUUGGUAUGGACUUCUUCAGUACUGUAACUGAGGUUCAUCCAAGCCUGAAUGAUUCCACUGGUGUUCAAUCCAAAAGUAUAAGCAAUGACACCCUAGCUAGGCUCGCUAACACAGUCUUAACGCUGAAAGAAGAUAAAAAGCAGAGGCUGCACAAGCUCCAAGAAUUAGCUUCUCAGUUAAUUGAUCUAUGGAAUCUAAUGGAUACUCCUCAAGAGGAAAGGAAACUGUUUGACCAUGUUACCUGUAAUAUCUCAGCUUCUGUUGAUGAAGUCACUAUUCCUGGUUCCCUUGCCCUAGAUCUGAUUGAGCAGGCUGAAGUGGAAGUUGAGAGACUCGACCAGCUUAAAGCAAGCAGGAUGAAGGAAAUUGCUUUCAAGAAACAAUCAGAACUCGAAGAGAUAUUUGCCCAUGCUCAUAUAGAAAUAGACUCAGAUGUUGCAAGGGAGAAGAUCAUGGCAUUGAUUGAUUCUGGAGACAUUGAACCAACUGAAUUACUGGCUGACAUGGACAAUCAAAUAGCAAAAGCGAAAGAAGAAGCUUUAAGCCGAAAAGAUAUAUUGGACAAGGUUGAGAAAUGGAUGUCAGCAUGUGAAGAAGAGAGCUGGCUUGAGGACUAUAAUCGGGACGAGAACAGGUAUAAUGCAAGCAGAGGAGCACACUUAAACCUCAAACGAGCAGAGAAAGCUCGGAUAUUGGUAAAUAAAAUUCCGGCUUUGGUUGAGACUUUGGUUGCUAAAACACGAGCAUGGGAAGAGACUCAUGAUAUGUCAUUCACAUAUGAUGGUGUUCCUCUUCUAGCUAUGUUAGAUGAAUAUGCCAUGCUUAGGCAUGAACGGGAAGAAGAAAAACGAAGAAUGAGGGACCAGAAGAAAUUUCAGGAUUUGCAAAUCACAGAACCAGAAGCCCCAUUUGGUUCAAAACCCAGUCCUGCUAGGCCAGUUAGUGCUAAGAAGGGAGGUGGCCCUCGUGUUAAUGGAGGAGCCAACGGUACUCCUAGCCGACGGCUAUCGCUUAAUGCUCAUCAAAAUGGAAGCAGGUCCAUAGCAAAAGAUGGAAAAAGGGAUAAUACUAGACCUGUGGCUCCUGUGAAUUAUGUGGCUAUGUCAAAAGAAGAUGCUGCAUCCCAUGUUUCUGGUACUGAACCCAUCCCAGCAUCACCAUAA